AGGGACGCCUCAGGCGGCAAUCCCAGCCUCGAGUCUCUGCGAGUACUGUCCAGAUGGCCAGAGCCGUGCGCCUGCUCUCGGUGGUGGCUGUGCUGGUGGCCUCAGCAAGCGGGAUGCCGUGUCCCGCCGCGUGCCCACAUCAGCAGCAGGCGGCGGCUACCUCCCCGUGGCGGCUGAUGCUGCUGCCCCCCCGUGGGAUCAUCGUCCUCGUGCCGUGGUACAUACACAUGUGCCUCUCGCAGCAGUUCGCUGAUGGAGCGCCUGCGUUGGCCGCACCAGUCCUGCAAGCAUCGGUGGCGUCAACGGGGAAACGUGGGUUGGGGUCUGCCACAACGGAAGAAGCCGUCGGCCUGCCGCAUUGGGAAGACCUGCUGCGCAACUUCAUCAGCGCUCCCGACAUACCGUGCGGUUUUGGCCAGCUGGGGAACGUGGGCGGCCUGUGCCGCCAACCAGACGGCGAACGACACUGACUGCUCGGACCAGCUAAGCGAGGGGGUGACGCCGGUCUGCAGCGCACUCUACUACGCACUGUUUGAAGAUAUUUAGGUGUGCUGGCUGUUGCCUCUAUACCACAGAACAAUGACUUAAAUACCAUCUCAGUGAAAUACGAGGGUUGGAACUUUAACAGUGGCAACUAUUUAUUUACAGCUCGUGCAAAAUAGGUACGUGUUUCAAAGUUUUACUGACCUUCAAAGCAGUCACCAGCAUUGUGUAUAACCCUUCGACAGUGAUGUGGAAGUCGUAGGAUACUCUUGGCAGUGCCAGUUAUGUUGACAGUUUGAGCGGCGCGGUCUAUUGUCCGACGAAUUGGUAGCAGUUCUGAAGCGAAUGCCGUGAAGUGUUUCCUUCAGUUUAGAAAUCGAACUGAACUCACGAGGGCUUAAGUGAGGGGAGUGCAGUAGGUGGUAUAGCACUUAACAGCCCCAUCAGCCAAACAAAACAGUAACAGCUUGCAAUGUACGUGCUUGAGCAUUGUCCUGCAAAAUGAUGGUCUUGCCCUGCAGAAAGUGUCAUUACUUCUAAGCUGGUAGUAGGUUGUGUUCCAAAAAAGAACAGCAUAGAGACAGAAGUGAGGACACUUUCUGCAGGACCUGACCAUCAUUUUGCAGGACAAUGCUCAAGUACGUACAGUUCAAGCUGUUACUGAUUUGUUUGACUGAUGGGGCUGCUAAGUGCUAUACCACCUACUGCACUCUCCUGACUUAAGCCCUCGGAAGUUCAACUCGAUUUCUAAACUGAAGGAAACACUUCACGGCAUUCGCUUCAGAACUGCUACAAAUUCGUCCGGCAAUUGACCGCGCCGCUCGAACUGUCAACACAACUAGCACUGCUGAGAGUAUCCUACGACUUCCACAUCGCUGGCAACGGGUUAUACACAAUUCUGGUGAUUACAUUGAAGGUCAGUAAAGCUUUGAAACACGUAUCUAUUUUGUACGAGGUGUAAUUAAAUAGUUGUCACUAUUAGAGUUCCAACUCUCGUACAUUGCUGGCUGUAACAGCUCACAUCUCAAGAGAUACUGCUCGGCAAAGCGACAAGACACCCUGCCAUAGCGAGAACUUGGUCACGUGGGGCGCAACUGCGUUGCAUGUCAAAGUAGCGCGUUGUUACCUCCCAACGAUCGCAAAAAACGAUGGAUAUUUACAACUUACUGACGGUGAGAAGGAGCAGAGAGUGACAGUGCUGACGUAAAAGGAGACGGAAUGUUCCAGUUGAGUAGGGGAAUUAUCUGUAAAUUGUAUCAGGAGGGGAUAAUGCUGAGCGGAUUGUGGAUUCAACCAUCUAUAAGCAAAGUGCGCACAAUAAAUACGAGGGGUGUUCAAUAAAUAAUGCAAUUUUUUCUCUGAA